AUGGCGUUUCCGUCGUUCGGAGGCUUCAAUUCAUCAACCCAAUCCCAACAGCCGGCAUUUGGCUACGCCUCGACUCAAUCGUCCUUUAAUUUUGGCGGUGGGGCAUUUGGACAGGGUGCCCAACAGCCUCAACAGCCAACUUUUGGUCAAGGCGGACAACAAGGGGGAUUUGGUUAUGGACAAUCGACCGCUCCUACAUUUGGGGCUGGCGCGUUUGGAGCGGGUAGUAAGACUCAAGGAACUGGAUUUGGGUUUGGAGGACUACAAGGACAGCAGCAAGCACAGACUCAGAGUGCGUUCGGUUUUGGUGGUGGGUUUCAAGCGAACACGACUGCGGCCCCCGCGUUUAAUGCGUUCGCGCAAACUCGAACUGCGGCACCAACCUUUGGAUUUGGAGGAUUUGGAGGAUUCGGUAAUACAAGUACAAAGUCGACAACGUCAUUUACAUUUAAUCAACCAUCACAACAACCGCAAGGAGUCUUUGGGGCUCAGCAGACUCAAAGCGCGUUCACAGGUUUUGGAGGUGCAGCAGCAACAACGACGAGCGCACCGGCGUUUGGAGGAGGGUUUGGUGGAUUUGGUGGAUCGUCUACAAGCGCGGGAACAGGCUUGUCGACAGGAUUUGGAGGAUUUGGCGGGUUUGGCGCAACUACGUCCACGACUUCUGCAUUCCCAUCCGCGUUUGGUCAAACCACCGCGGCUGCCUUUUCCUUUAAUCCGUCUCAAUCGGGUGGAUUGGCUUCUGCCUCUUCGGGAUUUUCGUUCAAUGCGCCUGGAACUGGUUUUGCGGGCGGCAGUGCAUUUGGAAACAAGUCUGUAGGAUCCGGUUUUGGUCAGACUAGGGCUACUGGAACUUUUGCGUUUGGUAAUACUGGAGGAUUAGGAUUAGGAGGAACGGGAAGGGGUGUGGGUGGAGCUCAACAACCACAGACUGUAUAUGAACAACUUCGAUCAAUAAUGAAUUCAUGGGAUCCCAAAAGUCCCGAGUCCAAGUUCCAAACAUAUCUCUAUAACAUGGUCCAUCCAAAUGAAGCUGCCCAACAUAUUCCGCCGGCAGAUAGACCACGAAAAUUAUGGGACGAAGCGCAAGCAAACAAUCCCGAUAGAACAUGUUUAGUUCCCGCCUUAAUGACAAAUUUUGAAGAUUUGCAAAAGCGUUUAACACAUCAAGAAUCUGCAGCAACAACUUGUAAAGCUACUAUUGAUAAAUUAAGCAAAGAAAUCGAUGGAAUGGAAGAAAUACAUAAUAUGCAGACCUUGAUCACCUUGGAGAAUUAUAAGCGGAAAUAUAUGCAACUCACGCAACGGAUUAUAUCAUUAAUGAUCAAGCUUCAACUAAAACACCUUCGAAACACGGCAGUCUCAGUUGAAGAACAACAACUCCAAGCAGAAAUCGAGAAGCUCAAUCACGACCUCAAAGGCCCAAAUCAAAAAGUAUCACAGCUAAAGAUGCAGUCUAGUAUCCUGAAAACACAGAUGAUGCCGAGUAGUGGAAUCAAACAGAAAUACGAAGUUGUUGAUGGGAAAGAGAUGGAGGCACUUGUCAGGGUGCUCGCUGAGGAACAAACGGGCAUUGCUCAUGUAAUUGAAACAGUGCAAAAGGACUCGGAUGAUGUCCAAAAAAUGAGCAAUGAGUUGAUAGGAGAGCAGAUGGGAAUGAACAUGAUUACGGACACUGUUAGUAGAUAG